AUGGCCGACAUUAACACCAUCGCAAAGCAGUUUACGGAUUUCUACUAUACUACGUUUGACACCAAUCGUGGCGGCCUGCAGAAUCUCUACCGUGACGUGUCCAUGCUGACAUGGGAGGGCUCCCAGAUUCUCGGUGCCAGCAGCAUAGCGGAGAAGUUGACGGGACUGCCGUUCGACAAGGUCGUUCACAAGGUCGUGACACUCGAUGCACAACCAUCUUCACCAACUGUGGCAAGUCUCAUCGUUAGCGUGACCGGCCUACUGCUGGUUGAUGACGGUGCAAAUCCUCUGCAAUUCAGUCAGGUCUUCCAACUUAUACCAGACGGCGGAAGUUACUACGUGUUCAAUGACAUCUUCCGCCUCAACUACGGAGCAUAA